UAGCGAAAGAUCCAGUGAGAGAGAGAGAGAGAGAGGAGUCCCGGACUUCCUCUAAAUCCUCGCGUUUUAAACACAUUUGAGCUCAUAUUCUCCGUCGUUUUGACUCGUUUUUAAGCUUCUUCUUCUCUGCUGCCAAUCACAAUCUCUAGGUUUCUGCGGUGGUAGGUGUAGUUUAUCAGCCAAGGUGUUCGGUGGGUUGUUUGGUUAAAAAGGAGCAAAAUGGAUUUUGAUGAGUACGAAUACUUGGAGAAAACGGUUGAGAAUCCUGAGCCUUCGAAAGGGAAGGCAAAGGAAAAUGGUGGUGGUGGAGCUAGGAAGUUUGAAGAGAGAGAACGGAGUAGGAGUUCAAAGCAUAGGAGUGAUGAGAAGGAUGAAGAUCAUGAUGAUGAUGCGUGUCGCUUGAAGGCCUUCAAAUCUAGAGAUGAUAUAUGUGAUCGUGAUAGAAGGAAAGAAAGGGGCUCAUCCCGUAAUCGCUCAAGGUCUAGAGAUGGAGUGAGUGAUAGACACAAGAGUAGCCGGGAACAUAAGGAUAGAGAGAGAGAUAAGGAUAGGGAUAGAGAAGAGAGGAAUGGGAGGGAUAAGGAAAGAGAUAGGGAUCGGGAACGUGAUCAUGACAAAGACAGAAGAGAGCGGGAACGUGAUCAUGACAAAGACAGAAGAGAGCGGGAACGUGACGGUGAAAGAGAGAGGGAAAGGGAUAAGGAGAAGGAGAGAGAGCAGUCACGUCGAAGUGGGAGUCGGCCAGAACGGCACCGAAGUGAACAGGAUGAAAGAGAGAGGAUUCGGGAGCAGGAGCUUAGGGAAAGAGAAAAGGAGAGGGAGUUGAGGGAUCGAGAUAGAGAAAACAGACGAUAUAAAGAGAAGAAAGAUGACGUGGUAGAGCCAGAGGCUGAUCCUGAACGGGAUCAGCGGACUGUAUUUGCAUAUCAGAUUUCGUUGAAGGCUGAUGAAAGAGAUGUUUAUGAGUUCUUCUCAAGGGCUGGCAGAGUUCGAGAUGUACGCCUCAUAAUGGAUCGUAAUUCAAGGAGAUCCAAAGGGGUUGGGUAUAUUGAAUUUUUUGAUGUAAUGACUGUCCCUAUGGCAAUAGCACUCUCUGGGCAGCUUCUUCUUGGUCAACCUGUGAUGGUUAAACCAUCAGAAGCUGAAAAGAAUCUUGUUCAGUCAACAAUAGCUGUGGCAUCAGGUGGAGCAAUUGGUCCCUAUUCAGGAGGAGCUAGAAGACUGUAUGUUGGCAAUCUGCAUUUUAACAUGACAGAAGACCAACUUCGUCAAGUUUUUGAACCAUUUGGUUCUGUGGAGCUGGUGCAAUUACCACUUGACGAAACUGGGCAUUGCAAAGGUUUUGGUUUUGUUCAGUUUUCACGUCUUGAAGAUGCUAGAAAUGCAGUGAAUUUGAAUGGACAGCUGGAGAUUGCCAGCCGGGCGAUUAAGGUAUCAGCUGUUACUGAUCAAACCGGAAUGCAAGAUAUUGGGGCAAAUACUGGUGAUUUUGAUGAUGAUGAAGGCGGUGGUUUGUCUCUGAAUGCACGUUCCCGAGCACUUCUUAUGCAAAAGUUGGAUCGUAGUGGCAGUAGUACAGCUAUAACUGGUUCGCUAGGCACCUCUGUUAUCAAUAGCACAGGCCUUACAUUACCAGUGGCACCAGCCCUUGGAGUUUCACCUGCGGUUUCUUCCCUUGUUCCUGCUCUUUUACAAGGUUCUGCUCCUACUCUUCCCGGGCAAAUUGUCACUAAUCUUCCAGUGCCCACUGCUGGCAUUCCUACUAUUGAUACAAUCGGUGUUCCAAGUGAAUGUGUUCUGUUGAAGAAUAUGUUUGAUCCGAAAAAUGAGACGUAUGAAGACUUCGAUCUGGAUAUCNUUUUAACUUAUUUAUGUUUAUUCUUUUACUAA